AUGCUCUUCAUGGUGCCCAACCGCGCCGUGGAUGCACGCGUCCUUUCGGUCGAUGGGGAGACCAUCUCCAAAAUCUCUAAAGGGCUGAUGGUCCUCGUCGGGAUCGGCACCGACGACACGCCCGCGGACGUAGAAAGCCUCUCGAACAAGAUGUGCGAGAUCUUUCGCCCGCCUCCGCUGGCCACAUUCAUGAACACAUCCGUCGAGAGCCCAGUCUCUGUUGCGCCAGAGUGGGUUAUUGGCCCAACCGCGCUCAUGCGCAUGUACUCUGUCCUGGCUCAGCGUAAGGCUCUGGAUGGAAUUCCAGCGCUGAAAAAGCCUCCUAGCGGUCUGUCCUCGACGACGUCACUCAAGCAUAUCCGGCAGAUUACGCAUCCUGAUAUCAUCCUCCGGGCCAUCAAAAUCUCGCAAUUGCGUCUCCGCACGCGGAUGGACGAGGGCCGCGAGCGCCACCGCACAAGGACAAAUAACGAUUACGACGUCAACGACGCGUGUGCAACGUUCAUGAGCGCAGCGGAACUCGCGGCUGCGUUGGUUGCCUUAGACAAUCAUACACAUGGAGCGUAUGCGACUGAGGUACUCGGGGCACGGAAACAACUCGUGAUUGCCCUGGGGAAUGCCUCUGAGAUGGCGUUCAAUAUGGGGCGGCACCAACGGGCGUUUCACCUAGCAUCAAGUGCGGUCAGUGCAGCGGAGAAUAUACCAGAGGAAGAGGGUCUAUCCUUGGAGAUCGUGGAGAAGAACAAGAGACGUGUGAAUAAUGCGUAUGCCGCACUUCAACGCCAGUAA